AUGGUACGCGCCACCCACUCACUCACAAAAUGGGCAGAUCGACGUGCAUUCAUUCUACGUUUGUCUGUGUGUGGGUGUGUGUGCAGGUCAACGAGCCGAGCGUUGGUGGCUUCGGCAACGAGCCGAGCGUUGGUGGCGGCGCGGUCGAAUCUCCUGCUCCUGCGAUCCAGGUACGUACGCGCCACUCACUCACUGACACAUGAGCAGAUCGACGUGCAUUCAUUCUACGUUUGUUUGUCUGUGUGUGGAUGUGUGGGUAUGCAGCUGGUUCGCGAGCUCCUGGCGAAGAGCGAGAAUGACAUCCAGCGCAAAGACCAAGAGGUGAGCCACACUCACACACACAGAUCCGCAAGAGAGACGCCUCAUGUGUCUGUGUGUGUGUGCAGGUCCACCGUAUACGCAAGCUUCUGGACGAGAGCGAGAAGUCGAUGGUGCUCAAAGACCAAGGCGGCACCCGAAAAGCCUCGGCCUCUCAUGGUCGCUGCUGGCGGCGGGAGAUGUCAAGCCGUGGAAUGGAUCCGCUUGCGCUGUUGUGGACUUCGGCAGAUACACAGAUGUGCCCAGGGAAGGGCACCACGUGCCCAGGGAAGGGCAGCAGUAAUCGGUGAGCAGGGCACGGCACACUAAUGGGCAGGAAGGCCAUAAGGGGCAUCUGUGAAAGAUCCAGCCCACUCUUUUCCUUUCCUGACCUUCAGAUGCUGCCUGAUCGAUACCGUUGUCAACUUCUUGACGUGGAAGCCGCACAGAGUUGGACGGCGAGGACGCCCCCAGCCUGGGCGAGGUCACCACGGCGCGAGCGGCGCUCAAUGCAGCCCGCGGGACCAGCACACCACUCGAGCCCCCACCCCUCUACGGCCCGGGCGGCGGCCAGAAGCUCAAGCCGUCCCUGAUGGCCGCAGUCGCCGGCACCACCCGUCGCGCCACCCAUGAGGCGCUGCUCCAGACUCUCACUCUGGCGAGGGACUUGCAGCAGCCCUUCACCUGCCCACCCCUGUCCACCGAGACCGCCGUGCCCGCCGCCCCGCUGUCGCCAUCCCUGCGGGCCGAAUGGCUCCUCGAGAAGCCAGCAGUGCCAUGCAAGGCACCCACCUUGUGGCGGCGGGAGGGCGGGAGCAUGAGGUUGCUGCAUGGCGACAUGCACCCAGACAACCUCAUGGUCACCGGCACUGUGGGCAGCUCUGAGAGCGCGCCGGCCCUCGACAUUCGGCACGUCGACCACGAGUGCAUCCAUGAGGUUACGACGGAGCGGCUGCACUGCCAUGUGGGCACCCCCGACAGCUACGUGCCCCUCAACUACCGCCUCGCUCUCGCCCGAGACAAGCACUUCCAGCCCGACAGCCAAGGCACCGACAGCUACGGGGAGGUAGUGGGGGUGGCGUUCGCCGCCUUGGCUGGCUAUGAGCGGCUGGCCAGUCGCUUCCAGGGCUGGGCGGGACAGAAGGCGCAUCCCUGGGGCAACUUCGUGAGCGUGUGGUCCGUGCCGAAGCGGCAGAUCGGCAACAUGCUCACGACCAAGGAGGGCAGGAAGAAGCUGCUGACGGGAGAGGGCCUGCGGAUGGAGCAGCAGAUGCACAACGGCAUGAUGCAGGCCAUCGACGCGGCUAUCGAGAAGGGGCGGGCGGGGACGGCCAGCAGAGAGGAGCUGAACGACCUGUACAUCGCCAAGGAGUGCUUCUCCUUCGUCAGCCCCGACGAAGAGCCCUACAUCCAGCCCCUCGACAUACUCAUUGAGCGCAUCAACCAAAUCAUCCACCAAUGAGGCGGCGUCGGUGGUGAUGAAUAGGAGAGCAUCGUAAGUGAUAUGUGGCGGGCGGGUGCAUGCACAUCGAUCCGAUCAAGGAGGGCAGGAUCUGUCCAUCCGGACUUGGGCAUAGAUGGAAUGUUGGGCGGUCGAGGGGCUGGACACACCUGGAUGGAUGGAUGGAUGGAUGGAUUUGCUCGCGGGGUCGCCCUCUGAUUUCUAUGGAGGUACGACUUGCGUGCCGUGCCGUUUAUGUGUGUACGCCAUGAGACCACUGACUUGCCGUGACCUAUAUUUGGACUCACCCACUCAUCGUGACGCCGCGGCGCGCUCUCCAC